AUGUCGAUGCUGGAUCAACUGGAAGAGAUGGGUUUCCCUCACGAUGUUGCCGAAAAAGCGUUACGAGAAACCGGUGAGGCAGGGUUGAUUGAGGCAGUGGAGUGGAUUGCGGCCCAUCAGAAGGAUGAUGAUAUAAAUCCGGCGAAACCUAUUGAGCCACAAUUGCCGGAAGAGGAAAGUUCGAUUAUUGAAUUUGCUGAAGAAGAGGAACCAUCGAAACCAUCAUCUACUGAAGCACAGCAAGCAAUGUCAUUCAAAUGUGAUGUAUGUGGAAAACAAUUAGCCGACGACCAAGCUGUUAUGUUCCAUGCAGCACGUACAAAACAUGAAGCAUUUAGUGAAUCAACGGAAACUGUGAAGCCGUUAACAGAAGAAGAAAAGAAAGAAAGAAUAACAGCGUUGCAAAAGAAAUUGAAAGAAGCAAGAGCAAAGAAGGAAGAGGAAGAAAGAAAGGAAACGCUGGAGAAAGAAAAACGUCGUCGUCUAGAGGGGAAAUCAAUGGCAAAAAUGGAAGAAGAAAGAAAAGAAAUGGAAAUGAGGAAAAUAUUGGAAGAAAAGAAACGUGAAAAGCGUGAAGAAAUGGAAGCACGUAAACGUGUUUUGGAACAAAUUCGUUUGGAUCGAGAAGCUCGUAAGCUAGCUGAACAACUGAAACAGCCGCAGUCAACAACACUGGAGAUUUAUUCACCACUGUCUGCUGUAAAUGAAGCGCCUCCAGUAAAGGAUGUUGAUUAUUGCCAAAUACAAGUACGAUUACUUAAUGGAUCAACCAUCAAGGAAAAGUUUAAACCAGAUGAACCAUUGUCUCAUGUACGUCUAUGGGUAGAAAUGCAUUGCAAGGAUGCAAUGGGCGGUGUGCCGUUUACCCUUAUGACUCCAUUUCCACGUAAAAUAUUUACCGAUGAAGAUAUGGAAGCAUCUAUCAAAGUCCUAGGGUUGAUGCCUUCUGCAAACAUGGUUGUUACACGCACUACUCGCUAA